GGACAAGAUGGACCACCCAGGUCCUUCCAGAUUGGAACUCUAGGCCUGCUCCUUAACCUAGCAGCUUAGGCAGGUGCUGGUAGUUCCCAGGAAGAGCUCUUGGGGGAUGGAGCAGACUGAAGCUGGCUGAGAGAGAAGGUGCCUCGGGGACUGUGAAGCCGAGCUGAGCCAAGAUGCUGCUGGAGCCCCUGAAGAGGGUCUGGUUUCUGGAGACUCAGAGUUGGCUCUGAAACAGCCCUUGGGGAGCCCCCCCCCCCCGCUUGCCUGCAGGGACGCUCUUGGCUCCUGUGAAGAAGGGGCUCAGGGGCCUGGGCAGGGCCAGCUGCACUGCAGCUAUGGACCGUGAGCUGGCCUGGCCCGCGUCCUUGCUGACCCUGCCUGUCUGCGGCCAUGCCACCAUGGGCUCCUGGGUGUACAUCAUGGUGGAGCUGGCAAUUGCUGUGCUGGCCAUCCUGGGCAAUGUGCUGGUGUGCUGGGCUGUGUGGCUGAACAGCAACCUACAGAACGUCACCAACUACUUUGUGGUGUCACUGGCGGCAGCCGACAUUGCUGUGGGAGUCCUCGCUAUCCCCUUCGCCAUCACCAUCAGCACAGGGUUCUGUGCUGCCUGCCAUAAUUGCCUCUUCUUCGCCUGCUUUGUCCUGGUCCUCACACAGAGCUCCAUCUUCAGCCUCCUGGCCAUCGCCAUUGACCGCUACAUCGCCAUCCGCAUCCCACUCCGGUACAAUGGCUUGGUGACUGGCACAAGGGCCAAAGGCAUCAUUGCAGUCUGCUGGGUGCUGUCAUUUGCCAUUGGCUUGACUCCCAUGUUGGGCUGGAACAACUGCAGCCAGCCGAAGGAGGGCAAAAACCACUCACAGGGCUGUGGGGAGGGCCAGGUAGCCUGUCUCUUCGAGGAUGUGGUUCCCAUGAACUACAUGGUGUACUACAACUUCUUUGCUUGUGUCCUGGUGCCCCUGCUGCUCAUGCUGGGUGUCUACUUGCGGAUCUUCCUGGCUGCUCGGCGACAGCUGAAGCAGAUGGAGAGCCAGCCUCUGCCGGGGGAGCGGACUCGGUCCACGCUGCAGAAGGAGGUCCAUGCUGCCAAGUCGCUGGCCAUCAUUGUGGGGCUCUUUGCCCUCUGCUGGCUUCCCCUGCACAUCAUCAACUGCUUUACCUUCUUCUGCCCAGAGUGUAACCAUGCCCCGCUCUGGCUCAUGUACCUGACCAUCAUCCUCUCCCACACCAAUUCCGUUGUGAAUCCCUUCAUCUAUGCCUACCGCAUCCGUGAGUUCCGCCAGACCUUCCGCAAGAUCAUUCGCAGCCAUAUCCUGAGGCGACGGGAGCCCUUCAAGGCAGGCGGCACCAGUGCCCGGGCCUUGGCAGCUCAUGGCAGUGAUGGAGAGCAGAUCAGCCUUCGCCUCAAUGGUCAUCCUCCUGGGGUGUGGGCCAAUGGCAGUGCCCCCCAUCCUGAGCGGCGGCCCAAUGGCUAUGCCCUGGGGUUGGAAGGAAAUCUUUCUCUUUGGUGGAUGGAACCAGUCACGUUGGGAGAAGAAUGAAUGUGCCUGGAGACCCUUCUUGUGGCCAGUUCCCACUUUGGACUGAGAGGAGAGUACCCUGGCUGGAGCAGCAUGAGGCCCAGCAGGAAGGGUUUGGAGUCCGAGGAAGCAGACAUUUCAUGUUGGGAGGCCCUGCAUCAGGUCAGGGCCACGGCAUCAGAACAUCUUGGCUGGGCAGGGCCCAGUACCCCACUCGAAGCAUCUAGAAAUACCACCCUAACUUCACAGAGCAGCUGUGGCAGAGCAGGCUGGCUAGCCCUAAGGCUGGGGGUGGCUCCGACAGACCCCCCCUAAUCACAUACACACCACCCUCCCGAGACUUUCCAAGGGUUCAGGAGCUGCUGUGCCCAGAGGUGGCGUGUUUUUGUUUUUGUUUUUUCCAGGAGAAAAUGUUAAACCUGAAGAAAUCCCUUUUUUUUUUUUUUUUAAUCAUCUUCCUUCCCUGGUUGCUGGGUCUGUUGUUGGUCUUGCUGCUAACCUGGCCUCAGAGGUCAGCCCAGGGAGUCCCAGGCAGCUCUCACUGGCUGCCAUGAGCUGCCAUGCACUUCUUACCCCAUCAGUCCCAGGGCCAUUUCUUAAGGCCACAGAGCUGGGCUCAAGGACAGGGAGUUGUAAUGGAAUGGUGUCAGACUGUGGGCUUAAGGGAGGAGGUGGGGACUGGCCCACCAUGGGGUGUGCCUGGGUAGCUCAGAGCUGCCCAGUUAGAGGCCCUAUCUAACUGCCUUUCCUUCUGAAGGGAAUGUUUUUUUCUGAGAUAAAAUAAAAAUGAGCCAUGUUGUGUUUUAAA